GGUUGGAACUCUAAUUCGAUGAUGACUCAGUACUCAGAUCUGCAUCUGAUUCUUAUCCGCGUCUGAUGCGGCUGGCCGGCCAUAUCUAACAGGCUGGCUCUCUGGUCCCGUUCACUUUCAUGAUGCAAAAGCGGGGUAGAUGCUUCCGCUACGCGCAACUUGUGGAAUACAUAAUAGUUCAGCAAGUUUUAGCGACAAACAUAAAUGAUAUCACAGAAAGACAUUCGAGUCAGCCACGUAACAAUUGGGCCCAAAGGGAGGACUACACGAGUCGCGCUGAAUGCCCUACAGGUGCAGGCCAGCGAUCCAGAACGUUGACAUCGAUCUCGAGCGCAACUUUCUUGGUUUCGUUCUGUCCUUACAGUUAGAUGGGAGACUAUACUCGCAGUCUACUGCAGGGAGCUGUCACGAACUUCUCGGCGUCAACAUUCUGAAGCACGUGUUGUUCAUAGCCCCUAACCGACUUGCUGUGUAUUAUUGCUUAGCUCUGUCCGCUCACCUCAGACUCUUUCCAAUUUCACUAGCUUUCUUGGAAUCAAUCUAGGUGCAACUUCCUCAUGUCACAAGCAUCAGGCACCAACAGCGUUAAGGAUGAGCGCGCCUACAACGACUUGGCUGAGCAACCUUUCCCGGAGAGUGACGACGUAGGACAUACAGAUGAGGACAAGACAAAUUUGAACCUUCGGCGGAACUGCCAUCGGGAAUCUUGAACACAGGGCUCCCCCAACCAUCAAACCUGACAUAUAGCAAAUCACUUCUAAUGUUGCCACCAGACUGUGAUUUAACUCCGUAAGUUUUAUCGAUGACGAUGGCAAACAAGUUCUGAAAUGUCUGAGUAAAACGAAAAGGUUGUGGCGGAGAGGACCAGCCAACU